AUGGAAUUGAACGCCGCGGUGUUAUCAAAGAGAGGAAGAAAAGUUAUUGAACGAGAAGUGCGGUUCCAGUUCGAGCGAGUAUUACAGAUCGUUGACUCCGAGACCGUCCUCAACAUGAUAAACAAGACAAGCACGCGAUUUAAAGUGUAUGAAGGUGUCAGAUUAGGAGAAAUACAAGCUGCUACCGAUGGCGACAUGAGCUGCUGGACGUGGAUAUCUGGCAAGAAUAACACAGCCGAUUGGUUGACAAGAGGAAGAUCCCCGCAAGAGCUUAAUGAAGAAUCGCAAUGGUGGAACGGUCCUUUGAUUCUUUUUCAACCCAUAGAAGAAUGGUGUCUGAAGCUUGGUUCUCAGAAGGAAGAGUGCCUCCCUGGAGAGAAAAAGAUCCAUAGUGUGUCAACGGCAACCGCCAAUCCUCCUCUACUCAACUACGAAAGAUUCAGUGACAUCAAUCAUGUUAUAUGUGUCAUUGCAAGAAUCUUGGCCAUCCUGCGGAAUAAAUCAUUCAGCGGUGGUAAGACAAUGUCAGUGUCAGCGCAACUGUUGCGAGACGCGAAGAACCUCAUAGUAAAAGACUCAAACCUGAAUAUUCUCACUCCGAAUACCCUCCUGUCGGGCCGCGCCUGUGCGAAGAAUCCUGGAAAUUGGCAACCUACCCGACAGCAUAUCGCCAAACGUUAUCAUUUCGUACAAGCAGUCGUAAGCGAAUUCUGGGCCAAAUGGAUCGAGUUGUGUGCGCCAGCGUUAGUGACCAGAUACAAGUGGACCGAGCCCACUCGAAACCUCCGACCAGGAGAUAUCGUCCUCAUAGCUGACAAGAGUCCGAUAAAAGGAGAUUACCGUUUAGGAAUGAUCAACGAAGUAGUUGCUGGCAACGACGGAAAAGUGCGCCGAGCGUUGGUCAAAUACAAGAACUACAAAGUUGGUGAAAGAGAUCAUGAGUAUACAGGGAGAGAAGAAGUUGUUGUGUCUCGAAGUGUUCAUCGUUUAGCUCUUUUGGUGCCGGUGGAAUACGAUCAAGAAAAACAAGAGGAAGAUUAG